CCGCAAGAUAACAUGAGAAAAUAGAAAAUCGUCCCAGUGAUCUAUCAAGUCUAUCCGAAAGACAUAUAUCAUAUACACUAUCAUCACCCUCUGCAGGAGCAGGAACCAGGGCGAGGGUAUUCACCCCCAACGUGUGUUGACGCCCUUGCCCUUGAUCUCAACUGUCGAACGGGAGUGACGAGGAAUGGAAGAGAAAUUUGGAAGGUGGAUCCUCAAGCCCGCAGCGGCAUGGAGUGCCUUGCCUUCCGUCAAUGAACGGGCUCGGUGCUCAUAAUCAAAGGGUAUAAAAGAAAUUCUCAAAGAUGUUCGCAUUCGUGUCGUUGCUCGCGCUGACAGGACUCGUGUCUGCUGUAGAUUUCGGAGCCUCAGGGCCAGAAUGGAGUACCGUCAAAUCAGCUAUACUGGCCAAAUCCGAGCAAGGAUCUGUGCAGUUGAAAGCUUUCGCAGCAGCAGUAGACCCCCCCACUCCGGAAGGUUUUACCUUGACAUUUGGACCUCUCAACGCCUCGAAUAACGCACCUGGCUUCAUGGGUUUCGUUUUGCUUGACAGUUACGAUACCGCCGGCUGUGCCAGUCUUUGCAAUGCUCGCGAUUUUGAUUCCGUUGGGGGUCUCUGUCAAUUCUUCAACAUUUAUCAGGGUCUAACAAGCGCGAACAAAACUACAUUUACCUGUUCUUUGUAUUACCUCCCAACCGACAACUCCACUGCAACUAACCCGGGUGAUGCCACUGUCUCGAUCAGCGCAUCCCGCGGGUAUCGUCGUACCUCAGCAGUGCCCGAUGGUUCCUUCGAAACCUUCGCUUGCACCCCUCCUGCCCUCACUUGCAGCAUAGCAUCGUUCAACGGUUGGGUCGGAACUUCAGACAAUGCUACCGUUCUCGAUACAGCCGCCAUCUCCCACGAUCCUGCAUUGGCCCACUUUGGUAGCGGCUCGAUUAGCUUGGGGUCAAUAAGCGGGAAGACCAAUGCCUCGGGGACUGAGACGUUUAAAGUUGCCACCACAGUUAAAGGGAGAAAUUACGCUUUGGGACUGUUCCAUUCGAACACCCUUCGUAACCCUACGAAUGCAUCAUUGGGCAUCGUAAGUGUGGUCUGGAAUGGGGUGAUCGUUGACACCAUUACAGGAGCCCAAAAUUGGACCUUCCACGGAUACACUUUGACAGCGGCAGGUAACGACACGCUUGCGUUUCAUGGAGGGAAGUUCCCCGCGUUCGAUUUUAUCGACGACGUUUUCCUGUUCUUACUUUAAGUGAUCAAAUGGGGAACGGUACUUUAGUAAAACUCAGGCUGCUGUUAUAUACCCAAGUACGGUAGAAAAUAAUCAC